AUGCCACAUGUGGUUCCCAUAGCAACCAUAAAAUGGCAUCAACAAGAUAACUGCUUUCUGUGACAAUGACAAAUCCAGGCAGCCAUAAACCAUUCAAGGCACCGACUCCUCCUGUCAUUGGUAAAGUGAGUCACCAUAGCAUUGACCUGAGCUGGGAGACAGAGGAGAAUGAACCACGGACGGGCUCACCAGAGAAAUGGACCCGCUUCUCUGUAGAAGAGAUGGACCCCAAAUCCCACACAUAUGGGACUAUCUAUGUUGGGUACAGCAGUCACCACACUGUAGAAAGUUUGGAGCCCGGCACGUCCUAUAAGUACAGACUGAGAAUCACAAGACCAACUGGGGAGUCCCUCUACAGCCCGGCUGUGUCUGUCUCUACCACACGUGAGCCUAUGAGUGGGAAGAACCUCCAUCUUGCUGUCAACAUGAAUGAUGAGGAGGACAUGACCAGAGUGUUGGAGUCUGGGACAGUCAGUGUGAACGUCAAUGACAAACACGGUUUCACUCCUCUCAUGGUGUCUGCAAAGAAAGGCUUUGCCAGACUGGUUCACAAAUUGGUAGAACACGGUGCAGACGUGAAUAUGAAGAACGGUAGUGGGAAAGACAGUCUGAUGCUGGCAUGUUUCUUUGGCCACCUGGACAUAGUGAAGUACCUGAGGAGAUUUGGGGCCACGUGGCAGUCCCAGGACAUGGGGGGCUGUACCCCCCUCCACUGGGCAGCUGACGGAGGACACCUUGCUGUCAUAGCCUACAUGAUCCAGGAUGGCUGUGAGUUGAACGUUAGGGACACCGUGUCCCACUGGACUCCUCUGAUGAGGGUGUCAGCGGUCAGUGGGAACCCAGCGGUGGCCUCUCUCCUCAUCAGAGCCGGGGCUGAUGUCAACACCAGGGACAAGGAUGGCAAAACACCACUUAUGGUGGCAGUGUUGAACAACCAUGAGGAGCUGGUGCAGCUGUUGUUGGACAGUGGGGCCGACCACGAUGUGAAGAACGAGUUUGGGUCAGGGGCAGCUGAAAUGGCAAAGGCCUUUGGAAGAGAGGUAAUGUAUUUCUCCAUAUCCAUUACUGUUGUGUUAUAUGCUACUGUUAUAGUGAAUAUAUGAGCAAAUGUUGAUUAUCAUUUUCCCCCCCUCCAGAAUAUCAUCAGUUUAUUAGAAGGACGGAAGAGUAUAGUCAGAGAUGGUAUAGUCCAUUAUUAAAGAGUAUAGUCAGAGAUGGUAUAGUCCAUUAUUAAAGAGUAUAGUCAGAGAUGGUAUAGUCCAUUAUUAAAGGGCUUUGGUGGACAGCAUUAUUAUUCUAAUAGCUUUAUUACUGUUGUUUAUUUAUUAACAUAUUGUAUGUAUGCGCUGUAUCUUAAACCUGUAUUUUUAUCUGGAUAUUUGUUUUGUAUAACAAAACAUGUAUACAUAUACUGUAUACCAAUUUGUAAGGAUGAAUGAAAUAAUAAACCAUUAAGAAUUCCCUCAAGACCCAAAGGAUUGACUUGGUUUUGCUAUACCGUACAGAUACAGUGAGCACCAAACAUAUUGGGGCAGUGAUAUUUGUUGUUGUUUUGGCUCUGUACUCCAGCACUUAGGGAAAAUUCACUUACAGUACCAGUCAAAAGUUUGGACAUACCUACUCAUUCAAUAAAAAAAAAAAUCAAAGGCAUUUUUACUAUUUCCUAUAUUGUAUAAUAGUCGUGAAGACAACACUAUGAAAUAACACAUAUGGAAUCAUGUUGUAACCAAAAAAGUGUUAAACAAAUCAAAAUAUAUUUUAUAUUUGAAAUUCUUCAAAGUAGCCACCCUUUGACUUGAUGACAGCUUUGCACACUCUUGGCAUUCUCUUAACCAGCUUCACCUGGAAUGCUUUUCCAACAGUCUUGAAGGAGUUCCCAUAUAUGCUGAGCACUUGUUGGCUGCUUUCCUUCACUCUGCGGUCCAACUCAUCCCAAACCAUCUCAUUUGGGUUGAGGUCAGGCGAUUGUGGAGAAAGUCAUCUGAUGCAGCACAUUCACUCUCCUUCUUGGUCAAAUAGCCCUUACACAGCCUGGAGGUGUGUUUUGGGUCAUCGUCCUGUUGAAAAAAAAAUGAUAGUCCCACUAAGCGCAAACCAGAUGAGAUGGCGUAUUGCUGCAGAAUGUUGUGGUAGCCAUGCUGGUUAAGACGCACAAAUAUCAUACCCCCCAUAAAAAUGAUAACCUCCCCUUUUAUUGUAAUGAGGGUAUGAUAUUUGUGCGUCUGUAACUUUCUCACUCAUUAUUAUUCAUGAUUCAUUCAGGACUAUCCAUAAUCAUGGUAGCAACCACAUUAAUGUAGAAGUGUUUAGAAGCAUAUUCGAUUCUUAUUUACAAUAAAAAUGACAAUACAUUAUUUACCAUUCAUUUCUAUUGGGCACAAAAUUAUCUGAAACACAACCAAAACAAACGACACACUUGUUGGAUGCAUUUGCUGAGUCAAAGCCUGAUGUAGUCAUUGCGUGUUAUGAAUAUGUCCACAACCACUAAGCUUUUGACGACUUUAAUACACAUAUACUGUAAGUGAAUAUGUCCCAAUACUUUUGCUCUCCGAAAAUGGGGGGACUAUUUAGAAAAAGUGCUGUAAUUUCUAAAUGGUUUACACGAUAUGGAUGAAAAUACCCUCAAAUUAAAUCUUACAGUCUGCACUGAAACCUCAUAGUCCUUAGUAUCAUUUAAAAUCCAAAUUGCUGGAGUACAGAGCCAAAACAACAAAACAUGUGCCACUGUCCCAAUACUUUUGGAGCUCACUGUGUCUGAUUAAACAUCAUCCUGCAAGAGGGAGUCAGAGAUUUCA